AUGGGGAUCUCAAAACUAAAGCAGAAACUACGUGCCGGCACCUCCUCCUUACGGAAAGCCAUCCGGGAGGGAACCGCCCGUGCGCAACCUGCCGAUACGGUGCCAUCAAGCCAGAUCAAAGCUGGCUCCACGGAUCGAACUGGCAAACCAGAUCAGCUAGAGCAGCUGCCGCCAAAGACCAGCGAUGCCGACGAUACGAACGAUGUUGACAGUAUCAACAAUACCAAGGAUGCCAACGCUCAUCACAAUAGUAACGAUAAUAAUGAUGUCGAAAAUACGAAUGAUACCAGCAACAUCAAUGCUAUCAACAAUAACGACGUACCAAUCCGCCAUCUCUGGAAUCUGGCGUACGAAAAGUUACGGAAGGAAGACGGACGACUCAUCGACGACUACGAAGCCAAGAUCCGCAACAGCCUCAGCGCUGGUGUUAGCUGUACCAUUGGCUCAAAUGUCAGUAUGAGAGACCGGAUGGAGAACAUUCUCCGAAACAAGAUGAAGGAGGUCAACGAUAAUGCCUGGAAAAUCAGGUUUGGUACUUCCGAAGUUCAAUUCAAGGAUGUGGCGGACAAUAUACUGGGUGUCAUCAACUGGGCGAAUGAGUACAUCACCAACGCUCUGAAACCGAAUCCGUGCGCCUCCAUGGCGUGGGCGGGCGUCAGUCUACUGCUACCGGCGGCCUCACUUGCGAAGGGCCUGAAAUCAAUAUCAUUCCUGAUUGCGCAAAGUCGUUUGCGAGAAGAUCUCUAUGUUCGGCAAUACGAGGCCGAGGCUCGGGUUCUCCAUCAGGAGCGGCCAAGUUUGUCCCACCACGUAUAUAAAGACAGCCUGGAAAUGCUGUAUCGAGAGAUACUGAGGUUCCAGGCCACGAGCUACUGCUACUAUGCUAGUAAUGGCGCAUACCGACUAGGUCUGGAUAUGGUUAAAUGGGAGGACUGGGACGAGCUGCUGGGUCGGGUUCACGACAGUGAAAGCAACUUCACGGCUGUUGAAGCGCUCUGGCGGGAUCUUAAAUACGAUGAGGAGUGCUCAGCUGCUGAGAAACGGCACCAAGAGUCUCUGCAUCAAUGGACCGAGAUGCGCACAGAUUUGUCGAGCCUGCGCAGGGCCAUUGAGUAUGCCCAAUCCGAUGAUAGUCGCCGGAAACUCCUGACUUGGCUCUGCGAUGUUGAUCCGUCCGAGAUGUACAAUGCUGCUCGUGAUAAACAUGCAGCUGACACAGGCGAGUGGCUUACGUCCAACAGUGAGGAGUUUAAAGCUUGGGAAUCUUCUCCCUCGUCUUUUCUUUGGCUUCACGGAAAGGCCGGUUCCGGAAAGUCCAUCCUGAGCUCCGUCGUCAUCAAACACCUGAAAGAUCAGCACGCGUCCGAUCCCUCGACUGCACUCGCCUUUUUCUACUUCAGCUUCAGCGACGUGAAGAAGCAAAGAGUAGGGCAGAUGCUGGCAUCGCUUGUUCAGCAGCUCUGCGCUCGACGACCUGACACACCGCAGCCGAUCCAGAGGCUCAAGGAGUAUCAGGAGAAGGGCCAGCGCCCAGAUACCGAGACACUUGAAUCAAUCUUGCGAGCUGUUGCAACCGGGUUCUCAGCUGUUCACAUUGUGAUUGAUGCUUUGGACGAGUGCCCGACUUUGCAGGGAGAGCGAAAAAUGCUUCUAAAGAGCUUGCGCCAGAUCAUGACCGAUGCACCUGCCAACCUCCAUAUGUUUUGCACAAGCAGGAAGGAGGCAGACAUCAACACCGCAAUGACUGAUCUUCUGUCACUGCCCCUGAAGGCAGCUGCUAUCAAUUUAACUGCCGAAAGGGACAUUCUCGACAAAGAUAUUGGCUCAUUCAUCGAUUCAACGCUAGCUUCUGGGGAUUGCUGUUCAUGGCCGGAUGAUAUCAAGGCCAAGGCGAGAAGAUCGUUGAUCAAGAAGGCAGACGGCAUGUUUCAGUAUGUCUUCCUCCAGCUCGAAGCACUCCAGCGACUCUCCUCUUCUCGCGAGGUCCUUGAGGCGCUCUCAGGCUUGCCCUCCGGCCUUGACGCAACUUACGACAGGCUGCUUCUGAGCCUAGACAAGAGAUUCCAAUCUAAUAUAAUUAGCUGUUUGAAAUGGCUUGCCUUUUCCGAACGGAACCUUAUGCUAGAGCAGCUCGCAGAGAUAUUCAUCCUUCAUCCCGAGCGCGACCCCCCGUUGGACGAUUCGGAGCGGCUCUUCAAGCCCGAGGACGUUCUGAAAUACUUGUCCAGUCUGAUCGUCCUUCAAGAGGUGGAACGCGGAUAUAGGUGCUACACGACUAUUCGACUGGCCCACCUCUCAGUCAAGGAGUAUCUGCUCUCCAGUCGCAUCCACAAAGGGCCCGCUAGGGACUUUGCUUUCAACGAAGAGGACGCCCAUCUUCAUAUCGCGCACUCUUGCCUAGCUUACCAUCUCCAACGGAGUGCCAUGGUCGAGGAGGACACUGAGAACAUCCAACUGAAGCGAUAUGCCGCCCGCGAGUGGCCAUCGCAUCUUGAGAAGGUGCCGCGCACAUCUUGGCCGGACAAGGUAAAACAGGCAGUAAAACGAGCCCUCGCGAUUCGCUGCCCGGCGUUGUAUCACCAGCUCCGCGCAAGCAAAGACAUGCCCCAACACAGCAUUGGCCUCGGCGGCGAUGCGCACAUGUGGCUACGACCGCAGUGUUAUGCCGCGCGGCAGGGUUUUCUUCAGCUUACGGAUAUACUGCUCUCGCGCGAGACUGGCGUCAAUAAAUACAUAACCCGAACAGACCUCAAUGCAGCCUUGCAUGAUGCAGCCUACGGAGGGCACAUAGAGGUCGUCCAGCUGUGCCUAGACAAGGGUGCCGACGUCAAUUCGAAGAGCGACAUCUUCGGAGACGCCCUGCAGGCGGCGGCCUAUAAUGGACAUGCUCCGAUUGUGAGUCUCUUGCUAGACCAGGGCGCCGACAUAGGCGCGCAGCGUGGCGGAUGGGGUUCUGCUCUCCAGGCUGCUGCGGAGGCACAACAGCUAGAGAUACUGAAGCUUCUUGUUGGCCGUGGUGCGAGUAUCGACCUUCCGUCGAACGAGUCCGGCUGCGUUCUCACAUCAGCCGUCAACUUCUGGUCCUGCGACUGUUUGUUAUACCUUCUUGAUGCCGGUGCCGACAUCAAUAGGCAGGGCGGCGGCAUCCACGGGACCGCACUGCACGAGGCGGCAAUGGGGUCUGGGACAGACAUGGCCUUUCGAUUGCUGCUUGAAAGAGGCGCAGACGUCAAUGCACCAGGUGGGAAAUACGGCUUCCCGCUUCAGGCAGUGUGCGCCAAGGGCGGCCCUGAAGAGUACGUCAAGCUCUUGUUAGAUAAGGGUGCAGAUGUAAAUGCACAAGGGGGCGAGUUCGGUAACGCUCUGCAGGCAGUGUGCCAUUAUCGACAUCCAAGAUUGAGGAUACGGCCUGAAAUUACACGAGUCGUGGAGCAAUUGAUUGACAGAGGAGCUAAUGUCAAUGAGGAAGGGGGUCGGCUUGGGACAGCUUUGCAGGCCGCUUGCGCGAGCGGAUAUGAUGAAGGCCUCGUGAAUCUUUUGUUGGCGAAGGGGGCUGAUGUGAACAUCCACGGAGGAAAGUAUGGCACCGCCUUGAAUGCAGCGUGUCUCACCACCAAUGGCCAGAAUGUAUACCGGGCUCUUCCCUAUGAUGAGAAGGGUUCGGGGUGGGUUUCUCCCAGAGAGAAUAUUAUAGAGCGGCUGUUAGACAGAGACGCAGAGGUGAACGCACCACCAUGUAGUUGCUGCGCGACGGCGCUGCAGGCAGCCUGCAAAGGCGGCAUCAUCGAGGAGGUGCGCAUGUUGCUCGCCCGUGGAGCCGAAGUGAAUGUCCAAGGGGGCAAGUAUGGAACUGCACUCCAGGCAGCUUGUGCUGGUGCAGAUACACAUCGCAGCAUGGACAUAAUCAGGCUUCUGCUUGAGCGUGGUGCUGAUGUCCACGCCCGAGGCGGCUUCUACGGCAGCGCCUGGCACGCCGCUGCGGCGCAAACCUCCGACGAAGAAAAUCAGAACGACCUGCUUGAGCAAUUGCUGGACCUCGGUGUGGACAUCAACGACGCGGGCGGAAAGCAGCACCCUACUGCCCUGCAAGCUGCCGUUGCGAACAUCACUUGGUAUAAGAGUGAAUCCUGGGAGAACCGGAUCUUGUUUCUACUCCAUCGCGGCUCCGACCCCAACGAGGCAGCCGGGGAAUAUGGCUUCCCGCUGCAACACGCCUGCGCAAUGCAGGUCGAUGAGUCCAUAUCCCUGGCAGUUCCUGAAGAUCGGGCCAUAUUCCUCCUCGAAAAUGCCGAUCUCAACGUCAACAAUCAAGGCGGCUUGUUCGGGUCGGCUCUGCAGGCAGCGGCGUGGACAGGAAAAGCAAGAGUGGUAAAGAUUUUGCUGGACAAGGGAGCCGAUGUCAAUAUGCGUGGCGGCAAGUACGGCAGUCCGUUGAAUGCGGCGGUCCUCCAGGGCUAUUGCGAUAUUGUCGAAAUACUUCUUGACCGCGGGGCAACGCCGGACUGCCACCAGUUUCAGGAGGCCGACGAGACUUGGCUACAAGAAGUGGAGGUGGAAUGCAGUGAAGAAGCGGUGGAAAGGUAUAGAUUAGUUUGGGAAGGGCAGAAAAGCUAUAGAAACUCAAUAGGCUUUCAGUAA